UUAGUGAAUGAUCUUCCGAAGUUAAAUUUGCAGAGCGGAAUCUUUAGCGCAGCAAUGGCCGUCGAGUUAGCUCCGGUAUCGAAAUUUCUCUAACGGAGUCCUCCCUUUCCGGUUCCGAUUCUCUUUCUCGACUACGUAGCAUGAUUGUUCCUUUAGGGUUCAAUAAGAUUUUCAAAUAUCGAACAUCGAUCGCUACUUUUUCUCAUCGUCCCGGCGAAAUCAUUGAGUUUUUGUUGUGUAGUUCAGAAAAUUGCUGCAUUCGGAAGAACACAAGAGCUUUCAACAAUGGCGGUGGUUUGGAUCCCAAAGCUUCGUUUUCAUUCUUCCGUGAUAUAGGUGCUGUGCGAAAGAAUGUCACGUUCCUCGAGAAAUGGAACCCUUCCUGUAAUGGCGGCAAUAGGUUUGGAUCUGGUGUGGGGUAUCGGUGGGUUCAUUCAGAUAAUUCCGUCGCUACUUUAGAGAAAAGUGGAGGGGAAUCUGCUAUUGCUUCUACAGAUGGAAGUAGUAGCGAGGAGAAGAAGAAGACGAGGAAGAAGCUGAAGGGUAAAAGAGCAGUCGUGAAGUGGCUCAAGUUUUUCAGGUGGAAGAAGAAGAAAGAGUAUGAGAGAAUGACAUCGGAAGAGAAGAUUCUGUUCAAAUUGAACAAGGCGCGUCGAAAAGAGAAAAGGUUUGUUGAAGCUCUGGAAAAAAUUGAGCCUGCUGCUUCAUCAGAUACAACCCAUGAUCCAGAGAUAUUGACACCAGAAGAACACUUCUACUUUCUGAAGAUGGGUAUCAAGGGAAAGAAUUACGUGCCGGUUGGAAGACGUGGGAUAUUCCAGGGCGUCGUUUUGAAUAUGCAUCUUCACUGGAAGAAGCAUCAAACGGUGAAGGUGGUAGUAAAGACGUUUUCACCGGAAGAGGUCAAAGAGAUCGCUGCAGAGCUAGCGAGAUUGACCGGUGGUAUGGUGCUUGACAUUCAUGAAGAGAAUACCAUAAUCAUGUAUAGGGGGAAGAACUACUCGCAGCCACCCACAGAGAUAAUGUCCCCAAGGGUCUCUCUCUCUCGGAAGAAGGCUCUGGAUAAAUCGAAAUAUCGGGACGGCCUUCAGGCAGUGAGAAAGCAUAUUCCAAAACUCGAACAAGACCUCAGGUUAUUACAAUCACAGGCUAAACUGAGCUGCAAGAACAAUGGCGAUUCUGUUGAACAUGUGCAAGAAACCAUAAGCGACACAAGUAAAUCCAAGGCUAUGUCAAAGGAUGCUGGAAGAGUUGGUGAACACUGGUCUGAUGAUUCUUCUCCUAUGGAUACAGGAAUGAGUUCAGACUCGGAGGACUUGUCUGAUAUGUUUGAGACCGAGUCCGAUACAGAAGCCGAUGAGGAAAUGGAAGAGCCUCCUCUAUAUCUGAAAGAGUUCGAAAAAUUUGCAGGCGAAACUGCAGGCGAAACCGAAGAUCUUCACGACCAACUUAGAGAGAUAUCCAUGGACUCUAAGCAAGCGAAAAUAUUGGAGGAAGAUGUCAAUUCACCUGAAUUCGACGCGGUCGAUCGAUUGUUCUUGCGUUCGGCAUCACUGUUGAAGAAGAGAAGAAGAUAGAUAAUGGCUUGCCAAAUCUAGUAAGGUACGAAUUGAUAUUUACAAUGUUGUUGUUAUAUAUGUUGUAUUCCCAAGCUAUUUUCUUCCGUCUGAUUGCUGAGGUUAUUGAGAAUUGUCGAGAUGCAGCCUUAUAAGGAAUGUUUGGUUCCCUUCUCAAACCAACGUGGAAUCUCAUAAUCUACCUUACUUGGAGCUCGGCGU